UACAUGACUCGCUCCUCCUCAAAAUUUUCUUGCAAGAGGGAACGUUUAGAACGUAUGACGUAUCAGCUGAUUCAGUGCCAGCCAGAGAGUGAUGGCCGACAUUAGAGCGGGUGUGAUCGUUCAGCUUCCGGAACUCAAGCCAGGAUCGCAAUUCUUCAAACCCUUACAGUCUGUUCGAGUUCAUGGCUUGCUCGAGAGUUAUACAGUGGAGAGCGGGACGGGAGUGAUCACGCACAGUGGCUCAAGAUUUAGGGUGGACUUACAAUUCUUGCGGGACGUUUCUUUCCGGAAGGGUUCUCUUUACCAGUUCAUCGGAGAGCUUGUCCCGGAUCCCAUUUACGUCUCUCCAGAUCAAUUGAUGCUGCAGAUUCCCUUCCGACUUGUGUUCAAACGGCGAUUCAUCGUCUAGAUGGGGCCAAAUCAUUGAUCCUCUGUCUCGAUGCCCACAAUUGUCUUCGCCGACCUUCUCCUACCGUCUGUGCAAGGGUCGCCAUGUUUGAAGGAGAUUUCGCCCGGUCGCUCGGUAGUCGUCUGUAAUGUCCAACCUCCACUACGAAUUCAAAUCUUUUCAAGGAUGGGUGGGAAAUCUCCAUGUCGUCUUCACACGCUGGUCUCUGAUUUGUUUAAUGUCAUGAAACAUUUCUGUCAGAAAAUUUCAGAAUUUCAGAAAUUUCUGUUCUGUUUUAUUCUGGGAAGCAAAACUGUUACUAUGCCUUUCUGUGACCUCCCCAAUCUCCGGCCCUGCUAUCGCCGAGUGUUUGCUCGAUGUCUCGUCAACGAGCAACCGGUGCUCGUCGAGGACGAAUCAGGACAGGUUCAGCCACCACGCCCUUUUAUCUUUCCAGUUCGAUUUCUGCCAGGGAAAGUUCACGGAAGAAGAGCAGCUUUGAUGCCAGGAAGUUUCCCGACGUCUUUUUGAUCUGCGCAGCGCGCAGAUCGAUGACGCGCGCCCGCCCACGCGCGUACCCGAUGUUGUUCAAAAAGGUAGGGAUCAGACCUCCGUGCAUGAUUUAAACUCAUUUUCCAUGCCACACCUUUACCGGAACGUACAGCUGCGUCGGAAGCUCGACGAUGUCACAUUAGGUUGCCGACGAUACAAGCCGAGCCGAGAGGCUACGACUGUCCAGCCUCAUCUGGGAGCAAAUCGGUAUCUGUUGUCGUAGUACGAGCAAUCAAGAAAUGGAUAUGUUCAUCCGGAGCACUGCGACUCGUCUUGUCUGGAGUACCACCAUCUGCCUGCUGUCAAAGUACUCAUGGUUCUUACUUUCUUUCCAUGUCUUCUGAAAGCUCGGAUUUGGGCUCGCACGCUCGAGUAGGUCCUGGUCACCUUUCGGUGACGUCCGUGACCAGGAGGACGAAGCCAUACCAGCUCAUCAUGAACACGACAUCAACUGCUCCCAUAUUUGUGGUUGUAUGAACAGGUCCAUUUUUCCGCCCACUACAGAGCUCCCUUUUAAAUACUCGAGACUUGAAUAUCGCCCGGCCAACUGGAAGUGCUGUAAUCAGUGAGUCAACAUUGAAGGCCACGCGAACCGAACAGGCGGAGGGACGCAGAGCAAUUAGAGAUGCUAGAAAAGAAGGCCUUUGGCAAAUGUUAGAAAUCAGGGUGCCAACUCGACCGAAAUGUUAUCGUCAACCUGAAAAGUCCAAGUCGACGACUGUACAGUUGUUCAAUUGUACAGUUUUGAAGGUACAAGCUUUCUCAACGUGAUGAUGCAUACCCAUCCAUUCGUCAGAGGCCCAUGCUGCUUUGACAUACAGUUGAAGAGCGAUUCCUGAAUGUCUCGAUCUGCUCAAAGAUUCCAGAUUUGACUCGAUGUCUUCAAAUGAUGUUCCGAGUCACUCAUAAAUGUAAGUCGUGAUGUUACCUAUCCUUCGAUGAGUCCGAACCUACAUUGCCCUUGGACAUACUUGAGAGCAUAAUACAUGAACUCAUCCCUUAUAUUUUCUGGACAGGGUCCACAGAGUGAAGCACUCGUGAUGAGGUUCAGGUUAGAGUUUUAGUCUACCUUGCAGAUGAUUGUAGCAGACCUCCUAAGGGGAAAAACUCCAACUUCAGCCCUGUGGUUACUAUAAGUAUGUCACCAGCAGAGGACACCAAGAAGCUCAAUAAAUUAACGGGAUGGAAUUGGUUCGACUUUACCAAUAAACUCCAGAGCAUCACCCGUGCUUCGAAGCCGGGAUGGCUUGCAUAGUAGCCAACCGUUGAGCUCUCUCAUAAAAGAGAAAAGUGUGUUGAUCUUUCACAGCUUUCGAGCAUUCCGAGUUUCACGCCCUUUCGAAAUAUCGAAUCUGACUGUGAACUUGCAUCAGACGCCGGCUGUGCAGGGUUCGUACACGACCUCUUGCUACACUCGACUUUCCAUAAUGAUACAAUCGUUGAAUAGAACCCCUAGAAUUGUCCGCUUCAUGUGGCAAGGUACACAACUGAGGCCCUAUUCCAGACUAAAGCAACUUAUUAGAAGAGCCGAUAGACUCCAUCUCAGCUACUCCCUAGAGCAACAGAAUCGAUUCGUGUGGGUGAGGGUUUUUAAUUUUUCAGGAACCACGGACAUUCCCCAUGCCUGCAGGCAGACAGAUUUUAUGUACUUCCUGAUAGUAGUGAAACUUGUUAGUGCAAGCAAGCAGGAGCUAAAAAAUGCAUAGUGCCUGCAAUUGAUGUACGGUGGGAACGCUUGUUCACCGACAGGAAGCUGUCGGCCAAUGGCAUUACUCUUCCUUGCAUACCUUCGAGACACCAUCAUAAAUGGGUGUGUACCCCACCCCGCCCGGGCACUCAUCCUUUACAAAGGGCGAAAAAUGGUCGAAUCGGGUUCCGGAGAGUACGAUGAGGGAAUAUCUAGAUGACUGAAGAAGCACGUGCAAACACUCCCAUUUAAGCGAAACAUCUUCGUACAGCGUGAAUAAUAAACUCUAAUCACCGCUUUCGUCAAGUAUUUACGGCAUGUACCGAAGGUUAGAUCAACGAGUCUUAGAUUUCUUACAUGCUGGUUAGAAUUGGUCAGCUGUAGUUGUGAUCAGCUCAAGUUGGAAUGGGCGAGGAGGCAGUUGAUCACGGCGGCCCAGGUCUGACUCAACCAGGACAUGUCAGAAUCUUUCAUGUUCACUUUAACAAUUUGACUCAACGUGCUUCUGGCUUUUCCGAUUUCUCUGCUGGCCCCUCUAUCGGUCUAACCCGAAAGUACGUGCAUCGUGAUUAGCCACAGCCCUGAUCCUGAUUUGGAGGUAUGGAGGUAGCAGAUGGCAAAAGGUAGCUCCACGAUGCGGAGCACGGCUGGAAAGGGCACAUUCAACCGAAACGCAGAGCCCAGGGUUUGAAGUUCGUGUGCUGCACGUAGGCUGUUAUGUCCAACAACUUCGACACCUUUCCGAGUCAUGAACGGUACGAGAGGACGAGUCAAGGUUAGUCAUUAAAACUUAGCUCUGAUCUGCAGUUAUUGGGUUUUGAUGCAUGUGCCACUAACAGUGGUUCUGUUGGAGGUCUUUCCUAUCUAGCGAUUUGCCAACCUUUUAAGUGAAUCUCCGAUUGCACGCGGACAUGUCACUGCUGGUACAUCAAAAGCUCUGAUGGAUCAGCUCCCCACAGCUUGCAGCAGCGACGAAAGAUAACCUACGAGAGUUAUGGUAGCCUGCGGUAAGUUCGAGCUGUAGGUAGGGGCGUGGAGAUUUGUGCAACUGAACGAAGCAUCGCAAACUGCCGAGGCCUUUCUGGUAAGACCACCACUGACAUGGCUGAUGUUAGCGGUUAUGCGAGUGCCGUUCUAUCCACAACGAGGUGGACACCAUCUGAAAACUCGAGUUACCUCGCUUCUGGAUUUGUGAGGACCAGGCCUGAGAAGCCAAGAGUUAUAUUCUGUCGGUGAAUAGAACCAGACCGAGCUCACCAGCCAGCACCGGAUCGUACCGAAUGAGUAUUUUGAGAGACGGUGCCUCGAUGGUCUGAUCCUGUGUAGCUCUGUGUCGAGAGGCUACGCCGGCCUACGGCAAUUUGAAUGCAGUAGCAUUAUCAUUCCCUGAAUCUGUCGAGGACCAGGGUCAUCUUCCAUCAAUCCAAGCUUACGUGGGUUUCCUUUCUGAGUCUCGGAGACCUGCUUUAAGUUAUUCACCUCGAGAAGUGUGUCCGACUGACUCGCUGACCCUCUCUCUCACUCACCACCGUACCAUCUGAGGUCGGAUGUCUAACACUGCAAGUUUGGAUUUGUCACAACAUGGACAUGAGAGUUCAACAAUCGACAAGGGCUGUUGCCAUACGGAAGUCUUACCUGUGCAGGAUCUAGCACAGUCUCCGAUGAGCAUGAGCUCGUCCGAGUCGAAUAUUUGACUCUUUCUGGCUAGUCACAUUUAAGACAGAGGCAUUCAAGCCUAGAGCUGAACACGAUCAGGGGCCACCGUGAGACCUUUUCCUCAGAUAAAUGUGUGGAGCUUUAAAGCUCCGAGAAGCAGUACAGCAUGAGCCACGGCAAAACCGCUCAACAAGACUAAAGCAGGCCUAGGUCCAUGUUUCAUGGAACAGGACAAGGAACAGAACACGAAGCCCAACAUGUACAGGUCCAGGACAACAACCUGCCUGGACCUUUCAGUGCCCACAUGGAAAGCACAACCACUCGCUAUUUGUUUACUCCUCAGCUAUUUGUUUACUCCUCGGCCUCGACUCUCUCCAGUUUUAUCGACACAUUCGAGUCGAGUUCACGUCCAAUCAUAUACCCAUGGCAGCGAAUCGCAACCAUUUUAUUCGCAGUCAGUGGGCUGUAACGCUCUAGCUCUCCCUUCCCGACGACGUCGGUAAGCUCGGAUCCGGUCCGAACCGAACUUCGUUUGAGUACGGCCUCCCAAGUACGCCAUCAUCAACUCCCAGACGUUACAGUGCGCGAGGAAGGAGGACGAGCGAUCGAAUGCAGAGCAGAGGAAAGAGUGAGUGGGCCGUGGCUGCUGUGCACGAGUAGUGGCUGAAUGUCGUGGAGCGAACAAAGAAGACAUGAAUGAAGGUUUGAAGCUUCAAGGCCAGUUUUUGGACUCUACCUGCAGCUGUUGGCUGCUGUUACCAAUUCGAGGGCUGGUUAGGAUCCUCCGAAGAAGGAUCGACUCGUGGCCAGUGAGGCUGCGUGGUCGUGGUUUCAUAUCUCGAUUGACUUUGUUGAAGAGGUUGCAUGUUUUUUUGCGUCUGAUGGACCGAUUGUAACUCAGAGCCAUGCUUCGAGGAGCAUCACCGAGACAUUGUCAGAGACAGCAAGGGCUCCCUCAGAGUACUGACCUCAUAUUAUUCGUAGCGCUGUGGUUUGAUAUAUCCAGGCUCAGAUGACGCCUCGAGCAUCAGGUUUGGCAUCACUUGUUCCAGAUGUAAGAUUCGGGAGGACGAAUUCACAUUAAAACUCUCUCUAUGCUUCACAUCCUCGGCGAUCUACCACUCAGCCUGAUGAACAUAGAGUACAAACCUAGAGAGCCCAGAUCUCAUCCGACUGUGAGCCAUGGAUGCACCAAUUUUUGUUUCACAUAUGUGCCCAAAUGUCGGCAAAAGCUUAGUACAAUUGAACCUGAAAUAUGUGAUAAAAUCAGCUCACUGAGAAGCCAAAAUUACAGUAUCUGAAUUCUGGAGACGAGUCCCGGAGCAUGAUUUUGUCCGGUUCCACAAGUGGAUCACGUUGGACGUGUCCCUGAGUUGUGGGAAAAUCCUCUCGCCCCCUCACAAAACUGGACGAUGACAGUCGACUACGACUUACAGUUUCUGAAGGAUUCAUAGCCGAUCAACGAUACAACCGCUCGCGGUGCAUCGUAUUCUCGAUCCUUUCUCCCCAUUCUCCACUUCUUCCAAAACCCAGCUCAGAACCGCAGUCAGGCAAUCGACAUGCCGAUGCCGAGAACGUCCAAGAUCAAGAGCUUUGAGACGACGGGAGCCUCAGAGACUCAGAGUCGUGCUCCUCGACGUCGAAGGAUCUGCAGCAAAUUGAAGGCUGGACGCCUCAGCUGCUGUCAGACUCGAACGUACAACCACUCGCAGAUAUUACUGUACGGCUGUUGAAGUUACAGACGCAGGGACGAUGGGCUUUGCAACACUCGGAGGUAUGCGAUCACCAGGAUCAGCACCGAGUAAGUGUUCUCACCAUGGACGGAACGACUGCAGACGAAGAGGAGGAUCCCCCACGGAGUGGUAGUAGCUCCGCUGAGGCUACUACUCAUGACAGUGAGAUGAGAAGCACGGCAGUACUUCGUACUCUAGUCUACGACGAUAAAUCUUUUCGGAGCACGCAACUGGCUUCGACGCGUUCUGGAUCCAGCAGCUAGGCGUGGAAGCUGAUAAGAUUACGCGACGAGCUUGCCGGAGACUGAUGUCAUUCAAAGCCUGUACUUUUCCCAGCAGAUGAGACCGAUGGAAUCACAUGUUCCUUCCAACUUGUUGCCGGGGGAGCUGAGACAACUUCUCCCUCUCUCCUUGAGCGACUUGUCAAACGUGCUGAAUUUGCGUCCAUUGAAUGCUCGUCCGUGUGUCGUCUUGCAGCAUCACGGACGAGAGUCAUCCGAUGUAUAAAUUCUUGGGGUUCACGGAACGCUUGGUAUCGGAUUGAGCUACCGAACGUAGCUUCUCAGAAUCGAAUUCCCACUGCCGUAUUAGGGUCCAGCGAUUAUAAUAUCCGCACAUGUAUGCCCGGGGUAGCGAAACGCUAGAUCUAUGACACCAACGGCGCUCGGUACGACAAAGAUUUGCCAUCACCACGAAGAUCGAGCGCAGCCUAGAGGUACCUCUAGACUUGCUGCAGCUCUGAGCAGCAAGCGUUAUCUAUUACAUUAUCAUCUUCGACAUUACUCGUACUGACAUGGCAUCGUAGCCAAGGUUAUGAGAAUUUCUUUCUUCCCGUUUCACUUGUCUAGAUUCAGGUCCUUCAACCUCGUCUGUCUGCAUAUGACUCAAUCAGAUUCAGGCUCAGGAACGUAAACCAGCAUUUCAACAGCUGCAGUAAAUUCUCCAUUAGCUUUCAGAGCUCUAGCUCAUAUAGAGACCUCUUUCAUGGAGAAAAAUCUCAUUGUUCAGCUUUGAUUGUUUCAAUUUGCCUGAAGAGGGGUAGAGGUGAAGAAUUUGGUGUCUGGUGAUAAUGGGAAGUGCAAAACAUAAUAAUACGCUGCGUCGUAUCAGUUUCCACAUGUUCGAUUAUCUAACAAAUUAACGGUAUUUGCGUAUUGGCUAUGGCUUCCGCCCUCACACGAGAAACUUCUUCGAAGCAUAGAUUCUAAUCAUCAUCGCAAGUGCCAAGAGAGGGAGGGAGUAGCUUAGAGUGACACCCUGGAGAUCUAAAUAGCCGAACUCAUCGACCGGCUUAGAAAAUUGGACUCGAUCGAAGACUUCGAAAUCACGCCAAAUUCGUGUGUACGUAAUCGGUACAUCAGGCACACGCUGCCCUUGGACUCACUCGGGCACAAGCCGGCCGCAGCUGGGGUGCACUACCUUCGAUGCUUCCCCAUCGAGUAAGAACGGACAGCACCUGCUCCCGAUCCGCAGUGACGUCACUCUGCUGCAGCUCUAGAGCUGCCAUAACCUUCGCUCCGGUACACGCCCAGGGCGAAGAAGCCAGCUCCGACCCCACGCUUGAGUACUGAGCCGUCCAUUUGCGUCAAGCUCCCACAGAAGGAGGC